CAAAAUAUUGGAAGAUGGGAGAAUAUGGUAAAUAGCAAUAUUUUUUCAAAAUCAUAUCUAUUUAUUUACUAUCGAUAAUUUAAGAUUGAUUUUGUAUAUGUUUUUCUGAUAAUACAUGACUACUUACAGGUCAAAUAUAGACGUACAAUAGAAUAGAUACGAUGAACAUGGCCGUCCUUCUAAAAACGAACACAAUUGUAUGGAGGGCAGGUAUGUUUGACCAAAUGUUUAAAUAAAUUGAUCUGUCGUUAAAAUCAGAUCGAGGGUUUGAUAAAGUGCACUUUUAAACAAAAAAUGUAUUUGCGCAUUAUUGCGUCAACAUAAAUUCGUGUUUAAGCAUUUUCGUCGCUUAGAGAUGCGUUUUUUGGAGACCAGAGAUUGGUCAAUGAAAUGGGUUUGUUGAUUUUGCCCCACACUUGGGCAUGAUAUAAAAUACAGAAUCGCGUUUUAUCUUUCCACUUUUUCAAGAGCAAACUUGAAGAAUUUAAAUUCAUUUAGCGAUUGCUACUCAAAUAAAAUAAAGCAAAACAGAAAUGGCUCAGAACAAACAAAAUGUGAUAGUUCGCUACAAUGUUGGGGAGAGCUAUUUUGUAGCUGCUGUUCAGCAGAAGAAAAGCUUCUAUAUGUGGCUCGAAAAUGAAGAGGCAACGUUCAGCAUUUCUGAAAUGUGCCUCAGAAAUUUGUGCGUUAAGGAGGAGGCCAUCCGAGAGGAGGUAGAAAAGGCCAGCUUUCUACCCGUUGAAGUCGAAAUUGGCACUGGCAUUCGGCUCUAUAGAACUAAGGGAAUUGUGUGGUUGCAGCGAUUUAGCGACAAGAGUGCCCUCAAAAGGUUUCCUCGAGGUGUUAGAUGCUUCAGGGGCGUUGAAAAUUGCGAUUGA